CAGAAGUUAUUCAUAUUCAAAGAUAUUGAAACAAUUCAACAACCGUGUAGCUGAAACCGUGCACAGUAAUUGUUGAAGAGAAGCUUCUAACUCUGAAUGCCUAUCGCGAUUACGGUCUAUCAUUUUCAAAAUGAGCUCAGAGACAGCGAUUGUUGAAAGCUCUAAUUACAAAGUGUCGCUCCAUGAUCAUCAAAUCGUAGUCCAAGUAGAUGCUCACGAUACAACGGAAGUGAAACAGGGAUUGCUAAAAUCCAUCCUUUUCGUUCGCAUCAACCGGUCGUUGCUGAUCUUCGUGCAACGAAAUAAAGAAUGGAUUGAAGUGCAGCGCGAAGAAGUAUUUUUCUCCGUAGGUCACAAGACACCCCUCUAUCCGUGGGAUGUGUUCGACGAUGGAUGGUUGCUGGUGAGAAAAACCGAAGGAUUGUAUGUCUACAGGUGGACGGAUGCUGCGCUGAAGAUUGUGACAGUGUUUGCGGAAUACCACGACGCAUUUGGGUAUGGGGACCCAGGCAGUGCUUUCCAAAUGGGAAAAAUAUUCCCCGCAGAUAAAAGGAUCGGUGUAGUUACUCGGCUAAACUCUACGGUGGAGUUUCGUUCGAUUGAACUGACUAACACAGGGAAGCCGCUCCAGACGUUAUCGCGCCCUCCGAAACUUGGCGUAGAAUGGACGUAUCCCUCAUCGCGCAUUACACUGAUCGAGCAUAUUGACGAAAAGCCUCAGCUGUCUAUCGCGCUGCGUACGGAAUCCGAAUUGCAGCUGUUCCGGUUUGAUGAACAAUACGAAUUGAAGCUACUGCCCAAGGUCGUGAAAUUCCCACCGAUUAGUAAGGACUAUGAUCGGAUUGUGUUCGCCAAGUUUGAUAAUACCAAGUACAAUGAUCUGUUGCACUUCUCCAACGAUGGCCUGAUGAUGUACCGCUACAAUCAGACCGUUGAUACGUUCGAGAAGGUGUACUACUCGACGGCAUUCUCCAAGCUGCGAGGCUGGACCGAUCGAACCGUAGAAACCAUCAUGACGAUCGAUAUUAACGGCGACGGAAUAGAUGAGCUGUUUGGUUCAGGACCAAAAGGAUUGCUGGCACUACGUUGCUACCGUGGAAAUUUAGGAUUCGACUUUAGUAACAUCCUCGACGAUCACGUUAAAGAUCUCUCUAUUCGGUACGGUUUGAUAAGAUUGGUAGAAAAUGGGAUUUCGCCUGGGAACAAGCGAGAGGUAUUGUUGCAGACAUCAGACGGGUUAGCCAAGAUCCAUACAAAGCUGAACACAUCGGAGCCAAAGCUUGUCACGAGCUCGCCUGCACCAUCGGAGUUUGAUUUAGUUGAAGAGUCUUCACCACCAACUCCGGAGAAGAACCGAUUCAUCCCGGAACUGUUCGCACAAGGUUCGUAUACGUUAUGGCUACACGAUCAGCUGGAUCUGAGCACGCUACUGCAACCCUUCAAUCCACACUCGGGCACAGUCGAGCUGACACUUCCACUGAUCGAUAUCCGCAACCCGUUCGGUGUCGGUGUGCGAAAAAAUGUUCAGUACAAAAAUAUUGACUACAGCAAUGAGCUGGGACGUGGAUGGUCUUUCCCGCUCGAUUACAUUAUGGUCGAUCGCAAGAUGAGCGCCUUUAGCCAGGAUCAUAUCUAUUCGUUCGUUAAGGACAAUCAACGGAUCAUACUGAAGCGUUUGCCCGAGCACGCUCAACGAAUCGGUGACAUGUCGUUCGCGAUCGAAGGUUACGACGAUGUAAAGAUCCGGUACAUCCGCUCCAGUGAUACGUGGGAAGUGAAGAUCGAAAAUCGGACACUCCAAUACAAAGUGAUCAAGAAUUACCAGCUGCAAAACGUUUGUCCGUCUUGGCCGCUUUGUGGCCCGACACCGACGGAGGUCAACGAGCAGGCAACGAUUUGGUAUCUAAUCUCGGAGAUCGAUACUACCGGACAGGCGGCUUCGUAUGAUUACGAGCUAGUAAAGCAGGGAUCCGACAUUCGGUUGAUCACGAUCACCAUGAACGAUGGAUCGUUGGUCAAAUUGAGCUACGAACAAGAUCGUGUAUCAAGUUUCGCCAUUACCACCGCCAAGUACGAGCAGUCUGUCCAGUUCCACUACACAGAUGGCACCGACGGUACACAAUUGCGAGCCAUCACACAGAGUGAUCGUAAGCUGUUCGAAUUUGAGUAUGACCAGCAGGAUCGCCUAUCCAGGAUGGUCUACCCGAAUGGUGUCGUAUGGUCAGCCGAGUACACCGAUCUGGUAAUCGAUCCUUCCGCCCUGAAUCGAAACAUUUCGAUCAGUCACACGCCCUCGAUCUUCUACGGUCCGGACUAUAUGGUCGUUGUGGAUGCAAACGCGAAGGACGGGAUCUUUGAGAUGCACGUACGUGAUCCGCUGGGUGCCGAGAGUGGCCCGAAGACAAACCAAACCAUUACACUGAUCGCAUUGCCCGACUUUAAGAGCCACACAGUGCACGCACUCGAGCGACUAAUGGUGGUGACGGUAAUGUACAAAUCCAGCAAGGACAUAGCGAUCCUACAGUACACUGGCGACACAGGGGAAGGUUGGAUACACCGGGCGUACCAUAGUGAGUUCCCGUUGGAAGGUACGGUGGCGGCAGGCAACGCUUUUGCCCUGAUAUCAGACACCAAGCAGCUACAUGUUCUCACGGUCACCGAAGCCGGUAACUAUAGUGACUUCGUGGUACGUUCCAAUUUACCUACAAACUUUGUCGUCCAUGCCUUCGCCCAUGGCUACGCUACGUUUGACCAAACCAUGCGGAUCUACGUGCUGCGUGACGAUGCAGCCUGGAUGGAGUGUACGGCCAGUCCGAAUUGGGACUCGUUCGCUGCUAUCGACAAGUUCGUUGCUUCGUUCGCUAUCAGCGACGAAUUGAAGGGUUCCAUGCGCAAGGGUCUGAUAGCGGACAUGUUGAGUAGCUACCGUCAAGCACUGAUCCUGAAGGCACCGGUCUUCGCUGGAUCGCGACUCGAGAUCUGGGUGCGGUUCAUGAUGCUCAAUUUGACCGAUGCACCCAAAGUGAGUGACUACUAUACAGUUAAACUAGAGUUGGCCAACAUGAACACCUUCACCUACACGGUGCGGACGCAGGAGAACGAUGCGUUCCAUCUGGGAUACGCCUGGCAUGAGAACAAAUACCAUCUGCGUGUGAACAACUCGAGCGGUCCGCAUCGGGAAGCUUUCGAAAAGCGUAGAAAAGAGGUGCAGGCCGAGAAGGCUAACAUGCACUACCGGGAGUGGGCCAAGUUGUGGAACGACACGGUCGCCAUGUUGAAGCGCGAGUACGCCCGUAUAUACAAGACAGUCAAGGAUGCCGUCGUGUUCGCGUUGGAUCUGUCGCAAUUUGGGCUUCUAACGAAUGCGGACGGUGUGCUGGUCGGUGGCCAUCAGAUAAAGAACGAAGGGAACAAUUGGGUCAAGCAACGGCUCAUCGAAGACACGCUCCGGAUGCGUAAAGUUGACAAGCAGCUAAUGGGUGACUACCGGCUCGUAAAGGAGAAUGCGGAGGCACACUUUAAGCUUGUCUCGAACAGCUCGCGUGCGACACUGUUCGAUAUAGGUACGCCCAAUCCCAAGGAGCUUCAGCUUGUCCUACCGGCCUACGUUCAAUCACAGCGACCGAGUACUGCAUUGAAGGUGUUCUUCAUGGAUCACCAGAAAACAGUAACAAUGCCACAGAACGAAACGAUGAACCAGGCCAGCAAUCAGCUAGCGAUCAUCACAACGUAUCAAGAGGAUGCGGCUGCUCUACGCACCUGGCUCAAGUUCCGUUCGGUUAAGUACUUCGUCGACAGCCGUAUCACCGUGUUUGCUAAACAAACGCUAACUGCACCCUUUCAGCAGAUACCACUCGUGACGGAGCACCAGUAUGAUGUGCAAGAUUUGCAACUGUCGGCAGAUGGGUUCGUGUUCCGCAAGCUUAAGCUACUACCCGGUGGCAAACCGACCCAGUUCGGUUGGUACGAGCAGAGCAUCGAUCUGCAGACGGGCACAACCCUGCGGAAAGCAUUCGCGGCCGAUGGUCAUGAAGUGCUGGAUCCUCGUUUACGGGACGAGCAGAAGAAAAAGCAGGCCGCCGACCAACGACCAUCACAAGCCGAUCUCGAUCGUAUGAUCCUGGAUAAGGGAGAUCGUUUGCAGGUGCUCGAUCUCGGUUCCUAUCGAAUGGCCGAUGAAAUGGUUGGCUACUAUGGAUUCGAGAAGUAUGAAAAGAACGCCAUCGGGGUUCAGAAACGGUGGAUGUUUGAUCAGAAAUUUAUUGUGCGAGAUUCAGAGAACCGGUAUCUGAGGCUUACUAACCGCGAAAGCAACCUUAUCGGUACGUUCGAACCUGCUGUACCCAACACAACUUUCGUAGUAUCCUGCUGGAUACGGACCCAGGCCCCUUCAGUUGGUCAAUCGCUUGACAUUCUGACCGUUCAGGUGUUAACGAAAAACGGAACAUCAUCGAUCCAGAAAACUUUGUCUGCAGCUAGUGCGGAGGUGAAGCAUCAGAUCGGGAACUGGAGUUACAUUGAAACCAUUCUCGAUGUGACACACUUUUCACCGGCGACCAAGCUAUCGUUCCUGAUCACCGUAAUCCCAACCGAGGCGCACCCGAAAAUCGAUAUCGACCACAUUCGCUUUUCCCCGCUCACAAUGCCACUAGCGAUCAACGUCUACAAGCCAAUCACGGGAGAGCUACGGGCGAUACUGGGUACGAACGGGUUACCCCGGUACUGCUUCUACAAUCCGCAGGGCAAAAAAUCGAUCAUGUUUUCGGAGCACGCCGAAGUGCUGGAGCUUUCUGUGGAGUCGAAGAUCAUGUUCACUCGCCAAAUGGCUGCUAGGCCAUGCCUGAUCGAGCUAAAACCGCGGCACAGUAGCUUCAACCAUUUCGGGCCGGAACUUUGGCGAAGAACCGGUGUCGAAUGGUUGAUCGAACAUGGAUCGGCAACGUAUCACGGGUUAGGCAAUGCAACCAUUUCCCGAACAUUAGACACGCCCUGCUCGUCGUUAAGCAUUCGAUUCGUGUACAAGCUACUUCCACCGGCCCGAACGGCGUUAUCGUUCAGCUGGCGAGGGAUAACAUUCCCACUGCAUUGUUCCGUUGUGUCCACGGAAUGUACCCCAUCGUAUGGGGAAAUUCUAAUCGUUCUCACUGAGGUGCGAGCCUCGAUCUGGUUGGAUGGUGUAUUGCUACAGGAGGCCCUGCUACAAAAGGCUAAUAGCGAUCGCACCUUCACGCUGCACUCUACCGGACCGUUCGAGAUAAGUGAGUUUGUCGAGAUGUACGAUGCGCGGAUCAAGAUCACCUACCAUAACCUAUCGGGCCAGCCAACACAGCUGGUCGUGUAUGAAGAUCCGGACCGGGUGCGUGUACGCGAGAUCUGGUACGAUGAGAUCGAACGACCGAUUAUGCAGACGAAAUGGACUCAAGUGCAUCGCACUGCAGAUGAGCCCCAGUUCUUUGGCUACUACGAGCGAUUUAUCGUCGAGAUGGAUAAAGCUACGGAGCGGUUGACUGGUAUGGUAGAUGAUCUGCAUGCAACCUGCGAGGGUUAUCCUUAUUCGCGCACAAUUUACAGCGACAAUCCGACGGAUAGCAAGCAGAUUCAGGGACUUCCUGGGAAAAUGUACGGAAUUACCGGCAAGUAUCGAAGGCGCUACUCCAGCAGGCCACUGAAUAAGUGGCUGAACACACUGUUUCCCGUCUCGGCUGGCUAUCACCACCGAGUGGUUGAGCAUCCUGGCGGCGCCAUUCGCGUAACGGUGGAGGACAACCAAGGUAACAAGGUGGCCAAGUAUUCGAAGGUUGGUAACUAUGAUGAUCGGCUGACUACAUAUCGGUUCAACAAUGCAUCGAAGGUGGUGCAAGAACUUCCGCCUCUGUACCAUUCGAUGGCGCGCACGAUGACUAUCAAUGGUCCAUUUUUCCACACCGGCCCAGAACCGUCCGACGAUCUGCUGAAGCUGCAGAAGCUGUGGGAAGUGCGAAACGAUUAUGAGAAUGGUGGACAACGUAUGAUUCGCCGACGCACACCGGAUGGUGGUAUCACUCACUACCUAUACGAUCGUCAAGGUGCUCUUCGCUUUACGCUGCACAAGGACCACGAGGACCAACUCGAUCGAGUGAUACACUUUGUGUACGCUGCGAAUGGGAAAGUUGCCCGCGAAGCCCUCGUUAAUCUGACCCACGAGGAGUGUAAUCGUAUUUUGGAGAGCAACGAGGACGUGCCAAGAUCAAACGAUACUAUUGAGACGCUGUACGGCGAGCAGGAGAACCAGCCACGGUUUCGCUAUCGCUCGCAGCUGUCCACGAGGUAUAUUGGGGACGAUCAUAUGACCGAAAAUCUGAUCUUUGGCGAGAGAGAGCUGCUGCUGAAGAAGGCCUACGUCAUAAACACGAUCAACAUGACGUACUCGAUCGAUUAUGAAUGGCAGAAUGAUAAGCUAAGGUCGGUCGUAUAUCCGAUCAGCUUCGGUGAAGAGGGCAGACUGAAACUCAUUCAUGAUUACAAUGGGCACGGUGAAAUAAGUGCUAUCCGUACAGACACCAACGCAGAACCACUGUUCACAUUCCGGUACAAUGCCGAUGGAGUUCUGGAGACAAUGACCGUCGAACCCGGUAGUGAUCGUUCUUUCACACGAAACUUCACGUACAACGAGCCCGGCUUUCUGGUACAAAUUGAUGAUCCGUACCUUAGUGAGAGAAUCAGCUAUUUGGAAACCGAUUCCUAUGGACAAGAUAAAUACACUCCCAUCUACGAGGGACUUAUAUCGCAGACCUUCUUCACGGCACACUGGCAACCGACUGUUGGAGCGCUUCGGAAUGGCAUUUUCCCGGAGUACUUCGUCAACGAACUGUUGAAUCACAAACAAGCCGCAGUUUGUUUCGAGGCUCUGCAACAAGCGGGUUACCUCCAGAACAAUCAAGUCAACAGAACCCUGUACACCGAGCGGAAUGAUGAGCUGCCGCACAUUUGUGGGGAUCGAAUUCCGUUGAACCAUCUGGCGGGAGUGCUGAGUCGCAAGAGCUUCCCGCAGGAGUAUGGCCAUCGGUAUGAUUACGACGAUCAUGAUCAGAUGAUGAAAGCCAAAUACUUCCACGGCAAGGAAGAGCAUAAGCUAACACCCUUGACACACAAGAGCUUCACCCGAGAGAUACCGAGUGUAAGUAAGCAGGACUCGAAGGCAAUAUGGGAUACAUUGACGUCGAACGAGUUCCUCACUACGGACUGCACCAAUCCGAGUCUGUGUCACGGUCGCCCUGGAAUAAAAUCGCUGUUUAAGAAAUUCGUUCAGCAGCAUCGCUUCAGCAACCAACUGGAAAUCAUGCUGUUACGUGCGAUCGCCGAUCGUACAGGAGUGAGUGAACAGGACUUUGAACGGAAAUGUGAACGCUGGAUCAAAGCAUCCCACAUGGUGAAGGCUAGAUGUGGGGAGGCUAAAGCAUUGCUCCAAAAGCACGGUGUAUUGGGAUCAUCUGCCGAUAGUCCACUGCAGGCAUUACAAGAAAAGUUUAGAAAUUCGUUGAAGGCAUUUGGCCAACACAUACCAGAUAUUGUGCGUGUGCUGAUACACCAUUUCGCCACGGGUCUUGGUCGAUCGGCGGCCGAUGUGCAAUCGUACGAGAUUGACGCGAAUGGAAAUCAUCGAAUGUUUUAUACCGGCUUCACUCGUUACCGAAUGGAGUAUCGUGAAGGUACGAACCAGAUCACUAAGGUCCAUCGACUAAGCUUCGAUCGAGUGCAAAGCAAGGAACAGUCUUUCGAGAUGCAACAUAACAGUGAUGGGGCGGUGAUAAAGGCGGAACACAAAGGCAUCAAGCACAUGGAGUAUGACCGCAUAUUGCACCGCGUGUCCAAGAUCGAGAUGGUCGACGGACGGAAAGUAAUCUUACAGUAUGAUGUGCGAGGAGAACGAACCUUCAAGCAGGUGCUAGAUGCCGAAGGAUCGGUUACCCACGAGAAGUACUACAUCCGAGAUGCGCAUGGUAUCGUGUUGGUAGAUAUGGAGAUGACCUAUCUGGCUAGCGAUCAACCACCCGAUGUGCGAGUUACGAGCUACCUGUACAAGGAUCAACAGUUGAUUGGAUUCGUUCGGAACGAUCAGCUGUACAGCGUGAUCACGGAUCACGAAGGAUCGGUCCGGUUGGUGGUGAAGAACGGAGAGGUUGUGGCGGCAUACGACUACCUACCAUACGGGCAGAUAUUCCGUCGCUAUGGUACAGAUUUCGAUGGUCAGAUAUCGUAUCUUUAUACAGGUCAGGAAUGGGACGAGGACAUCGAGCUGUACAACUACAGGGCAAGACUGUACGAUCCCGAUAUCGGACGUUUCUAUCAAAUGGAUCCCAAGGAACAGUAUGCCACUCCUUACGUGUACGCCGGGAACUCACCGGUGUCGCUGGUCGAUCCGGAUGGUGAAUUUGCCUUCGCCAUCACUUGCUUCAUUCUUGCCUUGAUAGGCGCUUACGUUGGUGCCUCGUCAGUGGCCCGCUCAUGGAAUCCAUUGCAGUGGGAUUGGAAAUCGAAAAGUCUUUGGCUAGGUAUGAUCGGUGGCGCCCUGACGGGUCUAUCCAUUCCAUUCAACAUGUCUGCAUCAGUGGCAUACUUCGUUGGGCUAGGACUAUCGCUGACCACCUCGAUCAGCAUUAUGGUUUGCUCGGGCAUCACCCUCGCCUACUUCUCGAUGGCCGCUGCCAGUGGCAGCUGGAACCCGGCCGAUUUCGAUCUCACCAGUCCCAGCACUUGGAAUGCCUUGCUGGGAGGCGUUGCUAUGGCAGCAUUUGUAGUAACAAAUCCAAGAUCGUUGUACAAUUCUUUCAAAGCGAUAACGACCGCUCUUGGUCGAGCCCUGUUUGUCGCCACCAAGGUCGGCCUGAGCUUGACGUUUGCGUACUUCUUUGCUGUGGUCAAAAUGGGCGGAGAGUUCGAUGUCACUAAGUGGGACUUCACUGAUCCCGGGCUCUACUACAGCAUGUUCGAUGCGUUCGCGACGGUUACCUGUAUGAUGAUGGUUACCCGCAACCUCCCGAACACGGCUAGGCGCUAUGUGAAGAAGAUCAGUACCUCACUGGACAGGUUCGCCGAAUCACAGGUGUUCUUCCGCAUGCAUGGCCUCAUGAAGGGUGACUGGUCCUCGAAGAUGGCUGGAAUGCGCUUCUUUCUCCGUACGAAUGCACUGGCGAUUGCGAAUUUGCAACGUGGCAUCAUACCGAUCGCAUUUUACGCAUUCAUUCUAUCACUAAGAAUUAACGAAAGUUACGAAAAAAGUCCCGUGCCCGGCUUUUCGGUGUUCGUACAGAUACUCAGUGCAGCGGUCGCCACGAAAGGAUUCUCCAAUCGUAUUGUUAAGCCAAUACUCGGUCGAAUGACUAAUCAACCGCUAGCGUUGGCACUUGAAGGUCCACUCCCCCUACACUUAGGUGAUGCCGGCUAUCCCUAUUACAAUCGGAGUUCAACAUCGAGCGCCGGCAGGAUUGAGACCAUAUUCGAUUGGUUUCACAUCUCAUACGAAUGGCCAUCUUUUGCAUCGCGCAAGCCGCAAGCUAGCAGCAACGUCUAUUUUAAACACGUCUCUACGGCGAGAGGAAACUCCCACCAGCAUCACAACAAACCGGCCUCCUUCAUUCAGAACUGCUAUCGUGUCAGCGAUCCUAUGGAAGGAAUGCGUGACUACGUAAAAUGCUACUCCCAAAGCUCGAUCGAAGCGAUUCACCCAAAACCGCAUGCUAACCUGGAAGCAUCCGAUCACUACUGGAGUUGUAUGCCCAUCACCUACGCCGGAACCCCAUCCAUUUCGUGCGAUGGUGAACGAUCCAAUCUUCUCUCGAUGCAGCUGCUGCCACCAGCCCCAAAAGUGUUUGAUUAUCUCGACGGAUGGUUGCUGUUGGCCCGAGUUGCUCCGGCAGCUCUGCGCGAAGUUAAACGCCUCGUGCAAACCGUUAUUCAUCCACCCGUAGUGGGAACCCCCGUCGAGCAAACAGAGCAGCAGAAGGACGAGCUAGAGCAAAACUGCCAAUCAGUGAUCCGUCUUUCUGAGGUCGCUCUCGGUCGAUGGCGUAUGGAUUGGGUGAAACCGUUGCUGGAAGAUGUAACAGUUGAUGUGAAUGAGUAUCUGCAAUAUGGACGAGGUAGUUAUUCACUGCUACAGGAAAGACUAGAAGCUCUCGGAGACGACAUUGUGGAGGAAAUCAAUCUUCGGAAGCAAACGGAACAAACAUUCAGUUACCAGCAGCAGGGUAGUUCAUUCCACCCUUCAUUCCCAAUGAGGGGAUCAUUCGAUUACUAUACUUUGAAAGCGGACGGACACGAUACAAUCUCUUAUAAAGCCUGCUCAUAUAUUGAUUGAAUAUUAGAACGGUAGAGUUAGCGAUCUUCUCUGUAGCGAUGGCUGAAAUGCGACCAGCAUGUGUUUUUCAAGUUUUACUUUAUUGUUGUUACCAUUAUUAAUAAUAAUAUUAUUAAUUAUGUUCCUCUCA